GUUCAUUCGGGACCGGAAGUCCGAAUAGCCUUGUUUUGUUAGAUCCGUUUCUUCUGGUCAAGAACGUGAAGGUGGGUGGUCCGGAUCAAGCCAGUCUUCUCUGCAUUCCACCUUUGAAGUCCUGAGCUUGCCGGAAGUCUAUAGCUCCACCUCGCUCGGUGAAGACGCUGAGGUCAUGUCUACAGUACCUUUCCCAGCUGCAAGUGAAGAGGGGAGUUAUGUCUCAGCACCCAGUUUUAGGUUCAAACAAAGGAAGAUGUUACACCUACUUUUGGAGAGACACGCUUCUUUUACCGUUGGUUCAGAUUUCCCCGAAUCUCCGGGUGACAAACUCCAUGACUCGGCAAACCUAAGCCUUCUGUCCGGAGGAACCCCAAAAUGUUGCCUUGACCUUUCGAGUCUUAGCAAUGGAGAGGUGUCUGCUUCUCACCUUUCUACUUCUGCUGACAUUGAGGAAAACGGUUCCUUGGACUCCUCAGGACCUCAGGAUAUUCACUUAACUGGCAAGGAUUUUCACCAGGACCUUAUGAAAGGCAUCCCAGCACAGCUUCUCUGUAGUACUCCAAAUGCUUUGGAUCAUGGCCACAGAAGGAAGGAUGCAAAGUGUAGCACAUCUGCAAAUAAAGAAAAUAUAAACACCAGUUUUAAAACAUUGGAAUGGGAGGCACCUAGGACCCCGAGGCUUCAAAAAAAGCCUGGCGAUCCUCUGGCUUCUCCUCUCUGUGAGCUGGAAAAUGGAAUCUUGCUGGAAAGUGAAAUGAAGAAUCUGGGCAGUCCCAUUACUACAGUUCCAAAACUGAGUAAAAAUCUCAAGCUAGAAGACCAAGAAGGGAUUUCAGAAGACCCAAUGGAGUGUUCCCUGGAAGACCAAGAUGCCAAGGGCUUAAGUCUGAAGAAGACGGUCCCUCUCUGUGGCAUGGAUGCCAUUGAGUUGGAGGAGGAAGAUUCUGACUCAGAGCAUCUGACUGGUGAUUUCUCAAAGGUCCUGGGGAUUGAACUCAAGUUUUCAGGCUUGGUGGCAAGCACCUCACCAAGGGGUCCUAUCUCUGGUCCUGUGGUCCUGUUUUUUAAAGAUAGUAUUUCGUAACUCAGGAUCUUUCUGCAUCAACCGCCCAGCUGCCAGGAUUGUGGAGGCGUGUGUACUGCCAACGGUGCCAGGGAAACACCAGGAUCUGAAGUAUAUCAGCCCAGAUACAGUAAGCAUACUUCUGAAGAUGGUACCUGGUUAGAUCAUGUCAUCAGCACUGGCCUGUGUCCCAACACCCACGUCAGUCUUUCACUCCGCCCACUCCGAUGGGCUCUUACUCAACUGGAGCUGUAUUGAAGGCUCCUUUCUAUUCUUUCUUUUGUAGACAGGGUUUCUCGGUGUAGCCCUGACUGUCCUGGAACUCAUUCUGUAGACCAAGCUGGCCUUGAACUCAGAGAUCAGCCUGCCUUUGCCUCCCAAGUAUUGGGGUUAAAGGUAUGCACCACCACUGCCCAGUUCCAAUUUCUAUCUUUUUAAAGUUUUUAGUUAAGGGGAUGGAGAGAUGGCUCAGCAGUUAAAAGCACCAGAUGCUUGUCUAGAGGUCCUUUAGUUCGGUUCCUAGCAACCACGUGGUGGCUCACAACCAUCUGUAAUGGGAUCUGAUGCCCUCCUCUGACAUGCAGGUGUGCAGAUAGAGCACUCAUAUAUAUAAAAUAAGGCUUAAAUUUUUCUUUCGUUAAACAGAUAAUGUAUUAUUGUAGAUAAAGGAGAGAAGGGAAGGAAAAUAUAAAAAGAAAAAAAUCACUCAGUUGGGUUCUCAGCAGUUACGAAUCCUGAUUUAUAUGUUAAUUCUCUCCCUCCUUCUCUCUCUCUCUCCUUCUCUCUCUCUCCUUUCCUCCUUCCCUCCCCUCUGUCUCUCUCUCCCUCUGCUUCUGUCUUUUUUUCUCUCUCUCUCUAACACACACACACACACACACACACACACACACACACACGAUGACUCUCCUCUUGAGACAGAGUGUCUGAUUCUCCUUCAUCCUGACUGACUGUAAAUCACAGUGUAUUUGAGAUGACUAAUGAUCUCAGAGUGUGUGCCUUCUGCCUCGACUUCCUGAGUGCUGGGGUUAUGAGCAGGUGGCACCGCACCUGAUAUAAGGAGUGCUGGGAUUAUGAGCAGGUGGCACCGCACCUGAUAUAAGGAGUGCUGGGAUUAUGAGCAGGUGGCAUUGCACCUGAUAUAAGGAGGGCUGGGAUUAUGAGCAGGUGGCACUGCACCUGAUAUAAGGAGUGCUGGGAUUAUGAGCAGGUGGCACCUCACCUGAUAUAAGGAGGGCUGGGGUUAUGAGCAGGUGGCACCUCACCUGAUAAAAGGAGGGCUGGGGUUAUGAGCAGGUGGCACCUCACCUGAUAUAAGGAGGGCUGGGAUUAUGAGCAGGUGGCAUCGCACCUGAUAUAAGGAGGGCUAGAAUUAUGAGCAGGUGGCACCGCACCUGAUAUAAGGGCUGGCAGUGUUGCAGGGUAGGGGAAUAGGCUUGGUGUGUGUACUGUACCACCUGAGGUACUCCAGCCUCCUACUCUCCUCCUUCAGACAGAAUCUGGCCUGGAACUUACAGUGUAGACCAGACUGGUUGUGAUUAUUGAGAUCCGCCCACCCAGCUUAUAAAAAAUGAAGUAACAAUGAACUUGUAGUGUUCCGGUUAAUUUGGUGAGAUAAUCAAAAGCACCCGAGAUGAGGCCAGCCAGGGCUACAUAGUGAGGUCUAGUGUCAAGGAAAAAGGUCAGGUGGUGGUGGCCCCACAUACUUUUAAUCCUAGCUCUUGGGAGUCAGAGGAUGUCACAUUCUGUGAGUUUGAGGCCAGCCUAGUCUACAGAACAGAUCCAGGACAGCCAGGGCUACACGAAGAAGUCCUAUCUCAAAAACAAAAAUCUAUGUUGUCUUAAUAGCUAUGAAAUCUGUUAUACCAGAAUAUGUUUAACUAAACCCUCUGAAUGAAUGCUUGAGUGGUUUGUAACAUUUCAGUAUCCUGAGACAUUGCUAAGAUGAGAAUCAGUUUGUGUACUUUUACUUAAGGGGUUAGAAACUGGGCACGGUGGUACGUGCUCAUAAUCCCAGCAGUUAGGAGUUGGGGCCAGGAGGAUCAAGAAUGCAGAGCCAUCCUCUGGUACAUAGUGAGUUUGAGGACAGUCAGGCUACUUAAGACUUUAUCUCACAAAACAAAGAUUUUAAAAUAGGAAGUAUAAUUCCAUGUAUUUUGUAUGUCCUUACAAAGUUCUUUCUUUUUUUUUUUUUUUUUUUUGAUUUAUUUUAUUAUAUAUAAGUACACUGUAGCUGUCUUCAGAUACACCAGAAGAGGGCAUCGGAUCUCUUUACAGAUGGUUGUGAGCCACCAUGUGGUUGCUGGGAAUUGAACUCAUGACCUCUGGAAGAACAGUCGGGUGUUCUUAACCACUGAGCCAUCUCUCCAGCCCACAAAGUUCUUUCUUGAAAGGCUGGACAAGUUUAUUCUUCAGGACUUGGUGACUGGGGAACUGUCCCUCACGUCCUCUUACAUUGGGUUGUCUAACCACUACUACCUCUGCUACUGCUCUACUCCUUAGCUGUCACCUGAGAGGCUGGUCUUAGUCAUGCUUUCUUCUAAUAGACACCCUCAGUAUCGGCCAUUUGGGUCGUCUACACAGGCCAUUUCCAUGUCAUACUCAUGUGGGGUUAGGCUUACUCCACUUGCCCUGUUACAGCAAAUACAGGCUAAGUUUGGAGGUUGUACAUAUAGUGCGAUUCUGGGUGACUAAUGGAAAUAUUGCUAGAAGGAGCUGUGUGGCUCCUCUCUCGGAGCAAAGGUGAACAGGAUAUUUAAUCAUUCUUUGU